GGGGUUAAGCUAGGAAACAUAUAAAGCUAGCUAGAUGAGCAUGCAUGUGGGAAGGUUAUUAGCAGUGAGUGGAAAGUGGUCCCCACAGUACAGAGCACACAGAUGGAGCAGAGAAGGGGUGCAGGUAACCGCUUGUGCCGUGUGCAAUGCUUUGGGCUUCUCAUCAUCUCAUCACUCAUCUCCACUUAGUUUGCUCCCCCACCCCCUACCUUAAUGCACGCUCCUCCUUUUCUCCCUGUAGCUGGAACGCAACCAUGAAGCAUCAUAGUUCUGAUCACUCGCUCUGGGUCCUUAGAACUCUUCUUCUCCUAGUAAUUACCUUCCUCUUCCUCCGCACUUCAACGGCCUCUCGUCUCCUCCCACCAACGCCACCUGCAGGGAGAGACUCUGAUAAAGUCGCCGGCUUCUUGCAAGCGAGUCAAGUCGGAGAGGAGGAAAGAGAGGAUACUUGGGAUCAGCUGAUGGGAAUGGAGGUGUGCGAGGAUGGAAAUGAGGAAUGCCUGAAGAGGAGGGUGAUCUCGGAGGCCCAUCUCGACUACAUCUACACUCAACGCCACCACAAGCCGUAGGGAGAAAAACGAUACCAAUUAGGGGAUCCAAUCACCCUAAAUGAUCUUUAUCAAGUGUAUCUCACCUAACUAUGUAAUAGUUUAAGUCGCCAAACUCUGUAAUAGUUUUAAGUAACUAAAUAGCAGUAGCUAUAGUUGUUGGGUGGCUAAGUGUGAACUGAGUAGUUUAUGAGGGGUGGUGUUACGAAGCAGUGUCAGAAGAUCGUCAGUAGCCAAGAUGUAAUUAAAGAAACACCAUCAGAGUCAUCAUAGUAUGGGAAGUAUUAUUUUCCUC